AUGUCUGCGAGACCCGGAAUGCGUCCGGCCGUUCCCCCGCGAGGCCCUAGGCCUCCUGUUGGUCGGCUGGCCAGUCUGAAAUCACCCGGUGCUACGGCCAUCAGGCGUCCCCAGCCAGUUGCACGGCCUCAGCCGGCAAAGCCAACCACCCACCCCAAGACUACCACAUGCCCUAACCCAAGCUGUCCUGCCCCUCAUAUCAUUGAGGAUGACGGUCAGAAGGUCUGUUCGGGGUGUGGUACAGUCGUCAGCGAGGCCAACAUUGUUUCCGAGGUCACGUUUGGUGAAUCCGCCUCUGGUGCUGCCAUUGUUCAGGGUUCAUUCGUCGGUGAAGAUCAAACCCACGUUCGCAGCCAUGGCCCCGGAUUCCAGCGUGGAGGUAUGGAGAGCAGAGAGAUCACGGAGCAGAACGGCAAUCGUUAUAUAAACCAGUUGGCGCGUGCAUUAACCAUCCCAGAGAGUGCUUCGAAAGCCGCUGGCCAAGUCUUCAAACUCGCUGUCGGUCUCAAUUUCAUUCAGGGUCGUCGGACCAAGACGGUUGCUGCCGUGUGUCUUUAUAUUGCUUGCCGUCGCCAAGACGGCAACACAGUCAUGUUGAUUGAUUUUGCAGAUGUUCUCAUGAUCAACGUCUUCAAGUUAGGACGUACAUACAAAUCUCUUCUGGACGAACUGCGCUUGGGCGGCAACGUUUUUCUGAUGAAUCCCAUCGACCCGGAGAGCUUGAUCUACAGAUUCGCGAAACAGCUUGAAUUCGGACCCUCUACUAUGCAAGUGGCUAGUGAAGCUGUGCGCAUCGUGCAGCGCAUGAACCGUGAUUGGAUGACCACCGGUCGACGCCCUGCAGGUAUCUGUGGAGCCGCCCUGAUCCUCGCAGCCCGGAUGAACAACUUUCGCCGCACCAUCCGUGAAGUGGUUUACGUCGUGAAAGUGACGGAAAUUACCAUCAGCCAACGACUCAAUGAGUUUAGCUCUACUGAGAGCGGAGAACUGACGGUCGAUCAAUUCCGCUCUGUGCAAUUGGAAAAUACGCAUGAUCCGCCUUCGUUCACUAGAGCCAGGGACGGCAGGAAGCCGCCCCGCAGUGUAAAGAAAAUGGCGGCGGAAACCGCGGCAGAGUUUGAGGGGGACGUAGAGGAGCCAGAAGAGCCAGAAGCACCGCCAAGACGCGUGGACGCAGAUGGUUUCACAAUCCCCAACUUGCCAAUCGACCCGGCUCUGAUACAAGCGGAUAAAGACAGCCAGUCUUCCGCUGCCGUUGGUGGGCCGGAGGAUUCUACGGCACCUUUAGCAAAAGGUCGCACCAAGGGAAAUGGCCGCCCGAAACUACCCUCGCCCUCCGCUGAACAGGUCGCAUCCGAAGAGGCACUGGAAAAUGAGAUGUCCGAAUAUCUGGCCAACGGGUCCAACAUGAUUGAAAGCAUCGAAGGCGGGCCAGUCCCGCCGAAGAAGGUGGUAUCCGAUAACCCCGAGAUCGACGAGGCGGAGUUCGAAUCAGACCCCGAAGUUUCCAACUGUUUGCUAGCACCUCAUGAAGUUGAGAUCAAGGAGCGCAUCUGGGUUCAUGAAAAUAAGGAUUACCUACGUACACAGCAAGCCAAGGCGUUGAAAAGGGCUUUGGAGGAAGCUGAUGCCCAGCCAGGCGACCGUAAGCCGCGGAAGCGUCGCAGGGGUAGGCUGGGAGACGUUCGAUAUCUCGAAGGCGAGGGAGAAGACGGAGACGGUAGAAGUACCAGAGCGUCUACGCCGGCAGAAGCUACGCGUCGGAUGCUGGAACGGAGAGGCUUUAGUAAGAAGAUCAACUAUCGCCUUCUUGAGACGUUAUUUGGCGAAGAUGAAGGUGGUGAGGCCGCCAAGGAGGGCGAAAGUGGCAGCCGGAGUCGCAGUCAGAGUGUGGUUUCUGGGCGCAGCGCCAGUAUUGACCCUGAAGGGACGAAGCGGCCAAGAUUCCUUGGGACUGCUUCUACAUCCACGAAGACAGCUAGAGAUUCUACACCGGCCGCAGUUCCGAAGUCCGCUCCUGUUGAAGAUCCAGCACAACGCAGAGUUCCUGCUGCAAAGCCUGACAGUAACCUUCCCACUGAUCCAUCAGCUGAGGCUCUGGGAUCUGCACCGGUGGAUCCAGAGGCUGUUGACCCAGAUGGUCUAGGCAACGACUAUGAUGACGACGAGGGCGACGAGGACGACGGCGUCGAUGCUGCAUUCUCCGGCCAGUACGGCGACUACUAUGAUGAUGGCAGUGACUACGACUAUGAUGAUUAG